UACUCUGUCGGAACGUGUAAUUUUAAAAACAUGAGAGGCUUUCAGAUUGUUGGAUUGCUUGGAUUGUUUGCACUUCUUGUAAGUGGAUCCACCUCGUCUGAAGAAGAUACCAUCAUUGAUCUAGCAACAGAUGCAUCUACCACUGAGGAGGAUACUACGGAGGUUCCAGCCACAACACUACCACCUCCAGUCCUGUGUGCUGAUGAAGAUCUGUUUCUCCCAGCACCCGACUGUAGAGAGUAUUAUCAAUGCCUGCACGGUGAGGGAAUUUUGAAAAUAUGUCCGGAAGGCCUCUAUUGGGACCGCGAGCUGAAUGUUUGCAACUGGGACUCUCUGCAUUGUGAUGAUGCCGAAGACGAGUCCACCAAUCCACCGACCUUGAAUUGCGCAUCCGGACUACCAUUUUUGCCCUAUCCACCGGACUGCAAUAAAUUUAUCCAGUGUGUCUACAACAUUGGCUUUAAACUGAGCUGCCCGGGUGGUUUGUACUGGAACCAACCUCUUCAAUCGUGUGACUAUACCUGCGAUAAUACGAUUGAGUUCUCGGGUGCUCACCAGGUGCAAUAACCGCAUAUUGACGAGGAAGUAUUUUGUAACACCCGAAAAUGUACAUUAAAUAAAAGAAAUAGCAGUA